CCCACCCUUUCUCACUGGCAGGGUGCUGGCCACACUGGGGAGUCCUCCUCACACGCCCCGAAGAUCUUCCUGCCCAGGAGAGUUGAUAGUAAAGUCAGGCUGAGAGGGGGAGCAGGGGGAGGACUCCCCAAGCCUCUGCAGGCCCCAGGCCCCUGCUCACCUGGACUCUGGAGCAGAGGCAGAGCAGGAAAGUGGGGGUUGGACACUGGGCUGGGGACAGCCUGCCUCCCUCAUCACACAGGCUGCCCAGCCCAAUGGAGCAGGGCUCAGAGCCGGGUGGAGAGGUGAGGCUGUGCUCCCAGCACCCCUCCCAAGGAGCCUGAAGCAUAGAUUCCUGGACUCACAAUGGGGAGACUGGGACAUGGUGGCAAGGAAAGGGCUGGCAGGGGAGCAACCAGGUGAGUGAGGAAGGGGGAAAGGGUCUGGCGCCCAGCCAAGUUCUGGCGGUGUUGGCCACCUGUGCACACUUACAGCGUGUUUCCUGUGUACAUGCAGCAUGCCAGACAUGCAGACUCCCAUGCAUGUGUGAACAUGGAGAGGAAAUCUGGGGGGCUCGGAGCUGCACCCGUUCUACCCCUACCUGCCUCCACGCAGCCCCAGACACACCAGGGCCCCAGAGCUGGCUGCCCAGACAGGGUGCCCUCAGUGACAGCUGCUCUGCCCAGUGCCCCAAUGAGCACGGUCUGUGUACUCAUGUACACAAAUACCUGCCCUGUGCAUACACACCUGUGCACAUACACAUGCAGAUGGCCUGGCACACACAUUCGAGGGCUCACGGGUACCAAACACGUGUGGGUGGACAUGGCAUACAUGCGUCCACAACACACAUGCACACAAACACACACAUGAACCCCAUGUGCACGCAGCCCUCCAGCCCUCAGCUGCCGGGCCCAGGAGAGCCUGGGCAGCCCGGGCCCCGAGCCUCCUCUCUGUGCCUGCGAUAAGGGCUUUUAGGCCCCAUAAUCCUCCUUACCUUGACUUUGGGUUAUUUUGAGCAAGAGAUUAAAGGUGAUUACGAUUGGGGCUGAGGCGCCACACCUCCUACACGCUUCCUGUGCAGCUGCUGGUCAGGCCCGCCCUUCCGGAGGCUGGGCACAGCCAGACGCCAUCAGCCCCAUGCCCUCGGCCCUCCCCCAACCAGCACGCACCUCUGCCUGAGACCUGGGCCCCCAAGAGGCCUGGGAGAGCUAAAUCCCAGCGUUGGCACAGCAGGAACGUCAGAGCAGGAGGAGCCAGUGGAGACAUCAGGAUACCCAGGCCCAUGGGGCAGGAGGCCCUGGUCACCGCAGGAUUGGAGUGGAAGACAAGAGGCUGCCAGCUGUGAGGGAGGCACUCUCCCUCCCCGUGCUUGCACCUCACGGCCAUGUGGUUUGGGACAGGACACCCCUGAGAGUACAGGCACCUCCCCCUCCCACCCCUCCAUCCCUUCAGGGGCCACCACCUAGCCCUCCACCCGGUCCCCCUGGGCAGGCUGAGUAGGGGCUCCCUGCAGGGCGGUCCCGAUGGCCGGGCUCAGGUGGGGCACGCUGUGGGUGUGUGUGGCGGCCGCCACCCUGCUUCACGCAGGUGGCUUGGCCCGCGGGGACUGCUGGCUGAUCGAGGGCGACAAGGGCUUCGUGUGGCUGGCCAUCUGCAGCCAGAACCAGCCGCCCUACGAGGCCAUCCCACAGCAGAUCAACAACACCAUCGUGGACCUGCGGCUCAACGAGAACCGCAUCCGCAGCGUGCAGUACGCCUCGCUCAGCCGCUUCGGCAACCUCACGUACCUCAACCUCACCAAGAACGAGAUCGGCUACAUCGAGGACGGCGCCUUCUCGGGCCAGUUCAACCUGCAGGUGCUGCAGCUGGGCUACAACCGGCUGCGCAACCUCACGGAGGGCAUGCUGCGCGGCCUGGGCAAGCUGGAGUACCUGUACCUGCAGGCCAACCUCAUCGAGGUGGUCAUGGCCAGCAGCUUCUGGGAGUGCCCCAACAUCGUCAACAUCGACCUGUCCAUGAACCGCAUCCAGCAGCUGAACAGUGGCACCUUUGCCGGCCUGGCCAAGCUGUCGGUGUGUGAGCUCUACAGCAACCCCUUCUACUGCUCCUGCGAGCUGCUGGGCUUCCUGCGCUGGCUGGCCGCCUUCACCAACGCCACACAGGCCUACGACCGGAUGCAGUGUGAAUCACCACCCGUCUACUCCGGCUACUACCUCCUGGGCCAGGGCCGCCGCGGCCACCGUAGCAUCCUCAGCAAACUGCAGUCGGUCUGCACCGAGGACUCGUAUGCAGCCGAGGUGGUCGGGCCCCCCCGCCAGGUGCCGGGGCGCUCACAGCCGGGCCGCUCCCCACCUCCCCCACCUCCCCAGGAGCCCAGUGACGCGCCCUGCAGCGACGACGAGUGCUUCUCCGGGGACGGCACCACGCCACUGGUGGCCCUGCCCACGCUGGCCACGCAGGCUGAGGCCCGUCCCCUCAUCAAGGUCAAGCAACUCACGCAGAACUCGGCCACCAUCACCGUCCAGCUGCCCAGCCCUUUCCACCGGAUGUACACCCUGGAGCAUUUCAACAACAGCAAGUCCUCCACUGUGUCCAGGCUGACAAAGGCCCAGGAGGAGAUCCGCCUUACCAACCUGUUCACGCUCACCAACUACACCUACUGCGUGGUGUCCACCAGCGCCGGGCUGCGCCACAACCACACCUGCCUCACCAUCUGCCUGCCCCGGCUGCCCAGUCCACCCGGUCCGGUGCCCAGCCCCUCCACGGCCACCCACUACAUCAUGACCAUUCUGGGCUGCCUCUUCGGCAUGGUGCUGGUGCUGGGCGCCGUCUACUACUGCCUGCGAAGGCGGCGGCGCCAGGAGGAGAAGCACAAGAAGGCCGCCUCGGCUGCUGCGGCCGGAAGCCUGAAGAAAACCAUCAUUGAGCUCAAGUACGGGCCGGAGCUGGAGGCGCCUGGCCUGGCCCCGCUGUCCCAGGGCCCGCUGCUGGGCCCCGAGGCCGUGACGCGCAUUCCCUACCUGCCGGCGGCCGGCGACGUGGAGCCGUACAAGCUGGUGGAGAGCACGGACACACCCAAGGCCAGCAAGGGCAGCUACAUGGAGGUGCGCACUGGGGACCCUCCGGACCGCAGGGACGGCGAGCUGGGCCGGCCGGGCCCCGACAGCCAGAGCUCGGUGGCCGAGAUCUCCACCAUCGCCAAGGAGGUGGACAAGGUCAACCAGAUCAUCAACAACUGCAUCGAUGCGCUCAAGUCCGAGGCCACCUCGUUCCAGGGCGUCAAGGCGGGGCCGGCGUCCGCCGCGGAGCCGCCGCCGCUGGUGCUGCUGUCCGAGCCGCUGGCCGCCAAGCACGGCUUCCUGGCGCCCGCCUACAAGGACGCCUUCGGCCACAGCCUGCAGCGGCACCACAGCCUGGAGGCGGCCGGGCCCCCGCGCGCCGGCACCUUGUCUUCCGGCGGCUCCGCACGCAGUCCCCGCGCCUUCCGCCCCGAGGCCGUCGGGGUGCAUAAGGGCGCGGCCGCCGAAGCCAAGUACAUCGAGAAGAGCUCCCCCGCCGCGGCCGACGCCAUCCUCACCGUGACGCCCGCAGCCGCCGCGCUCCGGGCCGAGGCCGAGAAGGGCCGCCAGUACGGCGAGCACCGGCACUCGUACCCCGGCCCGCACCCUGCGGAGCCGCCCGCGCCCCCCGGGCCACCGCCGCCAGCCCAUGAGGGUCUGGGGCGCAAGGCGUCCAUCCUGGAGCCCCUGACCCGGUCACGGCCCCGCGACCUGGCCUACUCGCCGCUGUCCCCGCAGUACCACAGCCUGAGCUACUCCUCCAGCCCCGAGUACACCUGCCGCGCCUCCCAGAGCAUCUGGGAGCGCUUCAGACUGAGCCGCCGGCGGCACAAGGAGGAGGAGGAGUUCAUGGCGGCCGGCCACGCGCUGCGCAAGAAGGUUCAGUUCGCCAAAGAUGAGGAUCUGCACGACAUCCUGGACUACUGGAAGGGCGUGUCGGCCCAGCACAAGUCCUGAGCCCCCCAACCCCUCUCCCCCAGACCCGCGACGCCCACUGGACCAAAAAGGAUGCAGGAUCCACCCAGAGACUCAGCACCAAACUCAACACACGCACAACACGACAGCAACUGUGAACGCCGGGGGUAGGGGGCCCUGCAGAGUCGAGGUGGGGGCGUGGGCAGGGACAGACCCGGGGGACACGUCCCCAGCUCAUGUGGCCGCCCCGGGCAGCACAUGUACACACACACACACACACACACACACAAACA